UUUUAUGUCACCCACCAGAGAGGGAGAGAGACAGAGAGAGAGACAGAGACAGAGACGGCAGCUUUAUUUUCGCGCAUUCAGAGCUUUUCUCUCCGAAACAUAAAAUCAAAGUUUCGAAUUCUUCUAUCUCCCCAAUUCUCGGGUUAUCUGAGGUUGUUCCCUUUCACAAAAUAGUCCAUCGAUCAUUUACCUCUCUCUCCCCCACUUCUCUCACCCCGCUUCAGGCGAUCGUAAUUGUAAAACCAAAUAGAAAAAGGGAUUUAAGGGGAGAGAGAGGAGGGAGGGUACUGGUUCGCAGAGGCAAUUGAACUUCUGCGAGCUUAUAGUCCUCUCUCGUUCUCCAUUUGCUAGUUCAAGACAAUACUUCUUGAUGCCAAUGCUCUGCGGCGUUGAGUUUUGCUGGUGAGUUGGAGAUUUCUUGUGGACAUUCCGUGAAAGCAAUUGGAGCUGGCAGUAUGGGUGCUGUUUGCUGUUGUUUGCAUGAAGAGGAUUUCGAGGAUUAUAUGAAUCCUAACAGUUCUGUAUAUAGAAACUGCAUGUGUCUCAGUUGCUUUGUACAGAAUUUUCUACAUGUGAGGUGACCAUUUAUUCAACACAUGUUUGAUUGUUUGCAAUAACUUGGUACCUGAUACAAUGUGCCUAAAGUAUUCCCUAUUAUUUCGAAGAGGGGAAGUGCAUCCUGUCCCUUUAUCCAUUCAGGGGGCUGCAUCCAUGACUUCUGCGUCACUCGACAACUCUCUCUGUGACAUGUAUCGUUCUCCUCCAAGGCCUUUGCCAUAUGAUGCCGAUCCCAGAUAUUUUCGCAUGCAGCGCGAUGGUUUGGUUUCAAGACGUGAGAAGGGCUCAAGUCAUUCACAUGAGGAAUCAGAGCCAUUAAGAAGUGAUAAUGAUGCUGAUUCUGAUUCCGUGAGCACAGCAGACAAAUGGUCUGCAUCUGCUUGUGAAGAAGGAUCCAAAGAACAGCGUGUUAGAUCCUCACUGAAGCUCUCUUCAGCAAAAACUGUUGGGAUUGGAUACAUUUAUUCAUCCUCAGAAGAUGAGGAUGUCUGUCCAACAUGCCUUGAAGAAUAUACACCAGAGAACCCCAAAAUAGUGACUAAAUGCUCCCACCACUUCCACCUCGGUUGUAUUUAUGAAUGGAUGGAAAGAAGUGACAGCUGCCCAGUCUGUGGCAAGGUAAUGGCAUUCGAUGAAACGACAUGAUCUUUGCUUGUAGGUUUAUGUCGUGGAUGAAACCAGCAACAACAGGAGAAGAAAGAAAGCAAAAGGAGACAUGUAGAGUUCUGUGUGAAUAUUGUAGGUUGAAGUGCUUGUUGUUAUCUAUGGUAAAUAUUAAAAAUUGUUUUGAUAACAAUCAUUCAAAAAUACGUCUCUUCAAAAGUGACCUUCAAAAAUUUUCUCAUCAAUAUGAAUGAAAAACUGCUUAUAGUUUCGUCAAAA